AUGUCAAAGACGACCGGCAGCAAUGAUUUGGGUACCAAUCCUCGAGGCAUUCCCAAUGCGCCGUUCGUGGACAAGGUGGAGGACUAUGUCUCCUCGCGAGCAGAGGUGGAUCAGACGAUGAAGAGCUUUCAGGAAAUGAUAUCAAAGUACCAAUUUAUGGAAGUCAAUACACAACGGCGGAAAGCGGGGCUGGAUGACAAGAUACCGGAUCUGCAGCGAAGCUUGGAUACUGUCAGAUUUCUCAAGACACGAAGGCCCGAUUCGGACCCCUUAGAAGCUACGUUUGAGUUGAACGAUACCCUUUAUGCGAAAGCGCUCGUGCCCCCAACAGAGGAGGUAUAUCUCUGGCUAGGCGCAAACGUGAUGUUGUCCUACCCUGUGGACGAAGCUGAGACUAUGCUGGAGGGUAAGCUCUCUGGAGCACAGAAAACGAUGCAAAACUGCGAUGAGGAUUUGGAUUUCCUGAGGGAGCAGAUUACGACUCUCGAGGUGGCAACCGCACGAGUAUAUAAUUGGGACGUAAUGAUGAAGAGGAGGGAAAGGGCCGAAGGUGGUGGUGAAGAGGGAAAAAGGGGGGCGAAAGGGAAACCGAAUGGAUAG